GCGAGUCAGACUGAAGACGGAGGGGGAGGAGGGGCCGGCGGCAGGUGCGGGGCGCGGGCGGGGCGCGGGAGCAGCUGACGGCGGCGUCACGGGCGGGAGCCGCCCCGGGAGGAGCCGCCCGCGCAGCCUGCGCCGCCCGGCCCUGCGCGAGCCCGCGAGGGAGCCAGCGAGCGAGGAGGCUGCGAGCUGCGCGUCGCCUUCCUCCCAGGUGCAUCCUUGUCAGUAGUUGGAGCCCUCCAGCAACAUGCCUGAGCAAAGCAACGAUUACCGGGUGGCCGUGUUUGGGGCAGGUGGUGUCGGCAAGAGCUCCCUGGUCUUGAGGUUUGUGAAAGGCACGUUCCGGGAGAGCUACAUCCCCACGGUGGAAGACACCUACCGGCAGGUCAUCAGCUGCGACAAGAGCAUCUGCACGCUGCAGAUCACAGACACCACUGGCAGCCACCAGUUCCCCGCCAUGCAGCGGCUGUCCAUCUCCAAGGGGCACGCCUUCAUCCUGGUGUACUCCAUCACCAGCCGCCAGUCCCUGGAGGAGCUCAAACCCAUCUACGAGCAAAUCUGCGAGAUCAAGGGGGACGUGGAGAGCAUCCCCAUCAUGCUGGUGGGGAACAAAUGUGACGAGAGCCCCAGCCGCGAGGUGCAGAGUGGCGAAGCUGAGGCGCUGGCGCGCACGUGGAAGUGCGCCUUCAUGGAGACCUCAGCCAAGCUCAACCACAACGUGAAGGAGCUUUUCCAGGAGCUGCUCAACCUGGAGAAGCGCAGGACCGUGAGCCUACAGAUCGACGGGAAAAAGAGCAAGCAGCAGAAAAGGAAAGAGAAGCUCAAAGGCAAGUGCGUGGUCAUGUGAAUGCCCUUCCCGCGUGAGCAGCAGCUGCGGCCGCCGGCGCCGCGUCCCCCCACCCACACGUGAAACCCACCGUCGUCAGGGUAGCAUGUCCGAUGCCCACGUGUUAAACAUUGCAUUUGACAACGAUGUGCCCUGUUGUCCUUAAAAGGGCGUUUCAUAUCACCGACAAUAAGCCACACCUCUCAGGAGUCACAGAAUCUGCCAGGCAGUUAAAAUGGAAACCCACGUGCGCAGCGUCCCAGGGGACUGAGAAAGGUGCCAGCAUUCGAGGGAGCCACUCACCACUUUGAGGUGAGGGGACUGGUACCCACAGAAGCAGCAUGUGCUGAGAGGACUCAAUAUCAUCUCCAUGCAUGUGAGAGCGUGUCCACCCACAGUGACCUGCACAGAUCCCGGACCAGGCUUUCUCUCUGCUUGGAAGCCAUGGCGUCUUUGGGGGAGGGGUGGGGCAGGAGGGAGUGGGGAGACCCCACGAUGGUCCACUUGAUAGUUUAUCCGGAUGAAAGUUAGCACCACCUCCCCCCUAGGAUGCUCACUCCAAAUUCCCACCUGACCUGUUAGGCACCUCGCUACCCUGAGGGGAUGUAUUCACCUCAUGUAGACCUAGUUAACAAGUGUUUUAAUCUAUUAGAGUGUUUAUUUUCACAUCCACUUGUACAUUCACUGAUAGCCUCUGUUCCCUCCCGAGUUCUUCAGUUCUGAGUAAGGAUAUUGUGACAUCACUAACACAUGGCAAUAACAGUCCUGUGGGUUACGCUUCCAGGGUUUUAGAAAAAUGAGGUUUCCUUCUUUUGACCUGUGAGGAGUAUAACUUCUUCCAGCCCUCAGAUUUUAAACACAAGCAAAUAAAAUAUCUGUUUUUAGAUAGCUUUUCCUCCAACGUGGUUUUCUUCUCUUAAAUAACUUGAUCUGUGCCCACCUGGGUAACAGCCAACAAAGGCCAUCCAACAACCAGAAGCACAUCCAUUUUUCUAAUUGUUACAAACAUGUAUAUCCCACACUUUGCACCUUAAGGAAA